CCUGGGCUGUUCUCUUUCCCAUGGUCAAAUGAAGGGAGGGGCUUAGUCCCACACUUGGCCAAUGCACUCAUAAAAGGAAUAAUCAGAAAUAAUAAUCAUAUGCAUAUGACUUGAGGUCAUAGAAAGAUGAGAGAAAAUGAUGAUGUAAGCAGUGACAUCAGAGAUGGCAGAGGUGUACUAAGGAACAGCCUAUUAUAGACAAAAUAACUACUUGUGACAUCACCAGGGUGACAUCAGACAGAUACUGAUCUCUGUGCAAGAGAUAUAGGCCCCGCCUACAGUCGGAUCCGCCUUCCACUCAGUAUUUUAAGUCCAUGGACUAUUUCUGCUGCUGCUGCUAGUGAUCAGUCUCAUACUCGCCAGUAUGCUGUGUGACGGCUCCCAGAGCGGAACUGGGAAUUUAUUAAUUUAAAUCAAAAUUCUUUUUUUGUAUUAAAAAAAAGACGAACUAUAAAUCCUUCUCAAUAUUUUCUCGCUGCCAGUCUGCCCAUUAGCAACAUGGCGGCCACAUCCCUUGAGGUGGAUAGCGCUGAAGCUCACGCCUAGUACCGGAUGUUGACCUGACGCCGCCCUUAGUUAAGGUGGCCGCCUGCUCGCUGUCUUUCCUAUGGGACUGAAGCCGAAGUACAGAAAGCGCGAAGGACCAAUUAUUAGCCAGGACUCCUCCUCUUCCAACGGCUCUUCCUCUCCACCCCGGCAGCGGUGCCCGGAUGUUCCCGACUCCCUGUACUGUUGCUGAUAUUGAAGCUGACGGAUCUAUAAUGGCUGCCCCGUCCUGAGAGCAGAGAGACACCCGGACCUGCCCGUGGGGCGGGAGUUGCAGCCGGAGAGGUUGCCGAUAGGCUGGGAGAUACCAUUAGCACGCUGGGAGGGGAGUGGGAGGGGACUGGGAGGAGCUGUUGAACUCUUGUUAUGGCCAAUUUGAAGAGGAGUCGGGAGGAGGCGUGGCCAGAAGAGAACGGGGAUCGGGAGCAUGGACUGUACAGUCUUCAUCGCAUGUUUGACAUUGUUGGGACUCACUUGACUCACAGGGACGUGCGAGUUCUCUCCUUCCUUUUUGUGGACGUUAUUGAUGACUAUGAGAGGGGGAUGAUUCGCAGUGGGCGGGACUUCUUGUUGGCCCUUGAAAGGCAGGGCCGUUGCGAUGAGACCAACUUCCGGCAGGUCCUUCAGCUCCUGAGGAUCAUCACGAGGCACGACCUGCUGCCCUACGUCACGCUCAAGAGAAGGAGGGCGGUGUGUCCGGACCUGGUGGACAAAUACCUGGAGGAGACGUCUAUUCACUACGUCACGCCGCGGGGCCACGGCAGCACAGAGACAGACAGUGAGCAGCCGCGCACGCCAGCACCCCCUCACCACCCUGUCGUCUGCUCCUCCCCGUCUGGACCCCAGAUCUGCACAAAGCGACCCACCCGCGGCCGACCCCCACUCAGCAGCCAGCGGAAAAGGAGGAAGUCCAUCACCCCUGACCCCAAGGAGAAACAGACCUGUGAUAUCCGGCUGCGAGUGAGAGCAGAAUACUGUCAGCACGAGACCGCCCUCCAGGGAAACGUCUUCUCCAACAAGCAGGACCCUUUGGAGCGACAGUUUGAACGUUUUAACCAGGCCAACACCAUCCUCAAAUCCAGAGACCUCGGCUCCAUCAUCUGUGACAUCAAAUUCUCCGAGCUCACCUACCUGGACGCCUUCUGGCGCGACUACAUCAACGGCUCCUUAUUGGAGGCCCUCAAGGGCGUCUUCAUCACGGACUCGCUCAAGCAAGCCGUGGGCCACGAGGCCAUCAAACUGCUGGUCAACGUGGACGAGGAAGACUAUGAGAUCGGCCGCCAGAAACUGCUGCGAAACUUAAUGGUGCAAACGGCUUUGUGAAAAAAAACACUUACAAAGGCGCAUUUACGGGGCAGGGAUAAACCACAGCUUAGUAAAUGGUGCCCUUAACCAUCAAUUCACCCCCUUUAUUUUUCAGUACUUUUUUUUUUUUUUUUAUAAAUAAGUAAAAAAAAAGGAAAAUAAUCCAAAUCUAUAAAUCUAUUGAAGGGGAGCACUGUGUUGCUUGUGAGGCCGCGAGGAGUUUGGCGCUACAACAUUAUUAUUAUACGAGUAAAUAUAUAUAUAUUUAUGUACAGAUAUAGAGAUCAAUAUGGAGCCUUCUCAUGGCGGCCCACCUUUGUGCCGCUCAAUAACCUCCCCUCCGGCAUUGUGUCACUUUUUUUCAUUUUUUUUGUGUGUAAUUUAUAAUUAUGGACAAUAUCCGCCCAGAUCUGGGGCCCAUCAUCCCAAAACCGCGUCCCGGCCCUUUAAGUGUCCGACUCACUUUCGUUUUGUCCCUUUUGCUCACAUGUCUCGUCCCUGGGGGGGGGGGAGCGAAAAUAGAGGGAAAAAAUCCUAAAAUGACACUUUUUAGUUGUCAAACUUCCAAACUGUAAAGAAACCUGUAGCAGUGAUAACGUUGCCUUAAAUCUCCCUACGUUUUUUUCUUUUUUGCAACUUUCGUAUUUAUCUCCGACCCCCAAUUGUUUGUUUUUUUCUUGUUUUGUCAUCAGAAAACACCAGUUUACAUUGGACUUUGUUAUUGUCACAUUUACCUCCAUCCGACGCCAUUUCCUAAAGGGGAAGUUCACUUUUACUUUAACUUUUAGUACGACAUAAAAAUCUAAGAUUCUU